AUGCGCCUGCUGAGUUACCAUGUGGCAUCCGCCAAAUCUGUGACAAGGGGAGAAAAAGAAAAUGGGAAAAAGUCAGAAGUGAUAGCAAAAGAAAAAGAGGUUAAAAAGGGCCAGGGUGAAUUGGGUGACGGCGUAUGGACGGAGAACAUGGAGUACAAAAUGGGAAAAAUACCGAUACCGACCGGCCGGCCGACCAUGGUCAGCUGGCUUGCUGGACUGCACCCGCAUGGUUGGCUUCGAGGGAUCCUAGACAAUUAUGUGUGGAAAAGGGAGGCCGAUCAAGCAGGGAAGACGAACCCUGGGUCUCGUCAGCUCAGCGGCUGGAUGAAAACGAGAGAGGCCAUAUUAACAACAAGAGCUGCUUAUGUUGUGGACAUCGAUCUCUUGUCAAGCGUGGAGAACAAGAUCUUAUCCACACCGUCGGCUAUGGGGGGAGGAGGUAGUACAAAACGAGAAGGUGGGAAAGAGACAAAGUUCAGCACCGGCAAGUCGGGAAGAAUCAACUCCAGUGGGAGCGAAGUUGAUGGUAUCGAAGGUCAGGCUCCCCCCUCGCUCUGCCCCAAAGGGCCGAAGGGGGGAGGAGGGAGGAUGAACCGCUGGACCUGUUGA